CCGCCCUGGUGACGACUGACUGGAGAAGUAUAAAUAUUCACACCCCGCAUUUUGGAGCACUUCUUUCUCUCACCAGACUCAUAAAAGUCAACCUGUGAGAGUGCAUAACUGAAAACCUUCCUCUUUCUUCAUCUCUCAGAACUCCAAUUUUAAAAAUAUGCGUGAGUGUAUCUCUGUGCACGUUGGUCAGGCUGGUGUCCAGAUCGGCAAUGCAUGCUGGGAGCUCUAUUGUCUUGAGCAUGGCAUUCAGCCGGAUGGCCAGAUGCCCAGUGACAAGACCAUUGGUGGAGGUGAUGAUUCCUUCAACACCUUCUUCAGUGAGACUGGAGCAGGAAAGCACGUACCCAGAGCUGUGUUUGUAGAUCUGGAGCCCACUGUCAUUGAUGAGGUUCGCACUGGAACUUACCGUCAGCUGUUUCACCCCGAGCAGCUCAUCACUGGAAAAGAAGAUGCUGCUAAUAACUACGCUCGUGGUCACUACACUAUUGGGAAGGAGCUCAUUGAUCUUGUAUUGGACAGGAUUCGCAAACUGGCUGACCAGUGCACAGGCCUCCAGGGUUUCUUGGUCUUCCACAGCUUUGGUGGUGGAACCGGUUCUGGUUUCACCUCUCUGCUGAUGGAGCGCCUCUCUGUUGACUAUGGCAAGAAGUCCAAACUAGAGUUCUCCAUCUACCCAGCUCCCCAAGUCUCUACUGCUGUGGUCGAGCCCUACAACGCCAUUCUGACCACCCACACCACACUAGAGCACUCUGACUGUGCCUUCAUGGUAGACAAUGAGGCCAUUUAUGAUAUCUGCCGUAGGAAUCUCGAUAUUGAGCGUCCUUCCUACACCAACCUUAACAGGUUGAUCAGUCAGAUUGUGUCCUCCAUCACAGCCUCUCUCAGGUUUGAUGGUGCCCUCAAUGUCGAUCUUACCGAGUUCCAGACCAACUUGGUGCCCUAUCCUCGUAUUCACUUCCCAUUGGCUACAUACGCCCCAGUGAUCUCAGCAGAGAAGGCUUAUCAUGAGCAGCUCUCUGUUUCUGAAAUCACUAAUGCUUGCUUUGAGCCAGCCAAUCAGAUGGUGAAAUGUGACCCACGUCACGGCAAGUACAUGGCUUGCUGUCUGCUCUACCGUGGGGAUGUGGUGCCCAAAGAUGUGAAUGCUGCAAUUGCAGCAAUUAAGACCAAGCGUUCUAUCCAGUUUGUGGACUGGUGCCCAACUGGUUUCAAGGUUGGUAUCAACUACCAGCCACCCACUGUGGUUCCCGGUGGUGAUCUGGCUAAAGUUCAGAGGGCUGUGUGCAUGCUUAGCAACACCACAGCUAUUGCUGAGGCCUGGGCUCGUCUGGAUCAUAAGUUUGAUCUGAUGUACGCCAAGCGUGCUUUUGUUCACUGGUAUGUGGGUGAGGGUAUGGAGGAGGGAGAGUUCUCAGAGGCCAGAGAGGACAUGGCUGCCCUGGAGAAAGAUUAUGAGGAGGUUGGAGCUGAGAGUGUGGAGGGGGAGGAAGAGGGUGAAGAAUAUUAGGUUUUCUCCUGUUGUUUCUUGAAUGUUUCCUGUAUGUCACUUUUGCCUGUCUUUUUAUUCUUCAACUCUUUUAAACUUGAUAAAAGCUCAAUCUUACUUUUAUGCUAAUAAAGUUUGUAUUGCUUGUAAA